CUGCCGUUCUACCACAAGUGCAUGCCUCACCUUCACCUAUAUGUAUAUAUAUAUACAGCACUGAUCCACCACCAUCUUGCACAAACACAAUUACACAUAUAUAUAUUAUUUCUCUUGGCUUCAACCACCAUGCCCUCCUCAUCCCUCUUCGCCGUCUUCCUCCUCCUCCUCCUCCUCUGGGGCGUUUCUCGGCACCCCAGUGAGGCCCGCGAGCCAUUUGCUUGCGACCCAAAAGACGCAACGACGAGGAACUUGCCGUUUUGUCGGGUUUCACUGCCAAUACCGGAGAGAGUGAGGGACCUUAUCGGAAGGUUGACGCUGCAAGAGAAGGUUCGCCUGCUGGUGAACAAUGCGGCGGCGGUGCCGCGCCUGAGGAUCAAAGGGUACGAGUGGUGGUCGGAGGCUCUUCAUGGGGUCUCGAAUGUGGGUCCCGGAACGAAGUUUGGUGAGGACUUCCCUGGCGCCACUAGCUUCCCUCAGGUUAUCACCACCGCUGCUUCUUUCAAUGCAUCCUUGUGGGAAGCAAUCGGACGGGUUGUGUCAGACGAGGCAAGAGCGAUGUACAAUGGGGGAAAGGCGGGGCUCACAUAUUGGAGCCCCAACGUCAACGUUUUCAGAGACCCGAGGUGGGGACGUGGACAGGAGACUCCUGGUGAAGACCCCGUGGUAGUCGGUACAUAUGCUGCCAGCUACGUGAGAGGUCUACAGGGAAAUGACGGUAACAAGUUGAAGGUUGCGGCCUGUUGCAAGCACUUCACGGCUUAUGACCUGGACAAUUGGAAUGGGGUUGAUAGGUUUCAUUUCAACGCCAAGGUUAGCAAACAGGACAUUGAGGAUACUUUCGAUGUUCCAUUCAAAAUGUGUGUGAAGGAGGGCAAGGUGGCCAGUGUCAUGUGCUCCUACAAUCAAGUCAAUGGUGUGCCCACCUGUGCUGACCCUAAUCUCCUGCGUAAAACAGUACGUGGGGUUUGGAAACUUGAUGGGUACAUUGUCUCAGAUUGUGAUUCAGUCGGGGUUUACUAUGAUCAGCAACAUUAUACAUCAACAGCAGAAGAAGCAGCUGCUGAUGCCAUCAAAGCAGGAUUGGAUUUGGACUGUGGGCCUUUCCUAGCCGUACACACGGAGGACGCAGUAAAAAGAGGGCUGUUGAAGGAGACGGACAUCAAUGGCGCUUUGGUCAACACACUCAAUGUCCAAAUGAGGCUGGGGAUGUUUGACGGAGAGCCGUCGGCGCACCCUUUUGGAAACCUUGGCCCGAAAGAUGUGUGCACCCCAGCUCACCAAGAGCUCGCCUUUGAAGCCGCCAAGCAAGGCAUUGUUCUUCUCAAGAACCGCGGCCCUUCACUGCCUCUGUCCGCUCGCCGUCACCUUACCGUCGCUGUCAUUGGGCCUAAUUCCAAUGUCACUGACACCAUGAUCGGAAACUAUGCUGGUGUUGCAUGUGGAUACACAAGUCCCCUACAAGGAAUUGGGAGAUAUGCGAAGACAAUUCACCAACAGGGGUGCGCCAACGUAGCUUGUGCCAAAGACCAGCUCUUCGGCGCGGCGGUUGAUGCUGCCCGUAACGCAGAUGCGACGGUUUUAGUGGUGGGGCUUGACCAAUCUGUUGAGGCAGAGUUCAGGGACAGGGCCGGGCUCCUUUUACCAGGGCGCCAGCAAGAGCUCGUGUCUAAGGUGGCGGCAGCCUCCAAGGGUCCAACCAUCUUGGUCUUGAUGUCUGGCGGCCCCAUUGAUGUGGCUUUUGCCCAUAAUGAUCCACGCAUUUCUGCUAUCGUAUGGGCCGGUUACCCUGGCCAGGCUGGGGGAGCUGCCAUUGCGGAUAUCUUGUUUGGAACAUCCAACCCAGGGGGCAAGUUACCUAUGACAUGGUACCCACAAGAGUACCUUAAAAAUUUGCCUAUGACAGCCAUGGCAAUGAGACCAAGCAAAUCAAACGGCUACCCUGGAAGAAGCUACAGAUUCUACAGAGGUCCAGUGGUGUAUCCAUUUGGGCACGGGAUGAGCUACACCAAGUUUGUUCACACCAUAGCCAGAGCUCCCGCCGUGGUAGCCAUCCCUCUCGACGGCCGCCAUGCUCGCGGAAACACAACCCUUUCCGGCAAGGCAAUCAGGGUCACACACGCAAAAUGUAACAAAAUCUCUCUGGGUAUCGAUCUGCAAGUCAAAAACACAGGCUCCAUGGAUGGCUCCCACACUGUGCUGAUAUUUUCCUCGCCGCCGGCCGGCCAUUGGGCUCCGCACAAACAACUGGUCGCCUUCGAUAAAAUUCACGUCCCUGCCAGGGCUCAUCAGCGACUCCGAAUCAAUAUCCACGUGUGCAAGUUCCUCAGCGUCGUGGACAGGUCUGGUAUUCGCAGAAUUCCGUUGGGUCAACACAAUCUUCAUAUUGGUGCUAUCAAGCACUCUGUUUCUCUUCAAGCGGCAACACUUGGAGUGAUCAAAUCUUAAAUUUCUAUGCAUUUGAAACCUCGUCUUUCCCACCGAUAAAUACCCAUUUGCUUCAUUGUUUUCAAGAAUUAUAGCAGCAUUCUCAGGCACACAUUCAAGGAAAUUAUGGUCUACCAGGAGGAAGAAGAUACCAAGAAAAAGAAAUAAAAAACCAGAGCGCAAGCUGAAAGAUAUAAUUUUGCAUUUAGAUAUUGAAACUUAUUGUUGCAAUUGUA